CGGAGAGUGUAAUAGGACACCAGCUCACUCGUCUCUUCAUUCUCCUCCUCCUCCUCCCUCGUUCCUCUCCUCUGUCCUGUUCUGGCUCAGUCGAACCCGCUCCGUGAGCACUUGGAUGGAUUUCUCCCCGUCACGGUUGGAGACUUGAGGCGAGGAGUUUCGGGAGAAGCUCGGGUCUCGUUUGGUGGUCUUCCUCUCUGCGGUUGGGACGGGCUCUUCCCUGGAAGCCUCUCCUGCAGGCGGCGGUGGCGGGUCGUUUUCUGAGAGGUGAAGACGACGGCAGGCCGGAGGGGUCGGCCGGGUCAGCGAUGGCGCUUUCCCUCCUUGCUCUCCUCUUCCUCAUCAGCUCUGUCUCCAGCCUACCUCAGCCUGUGCCAAGAAUUUUCCUGUCCUUUGGAGAUCUGAAGGGGUCGCAGUCGUUUGAACACUUCAGUAUAUCUGAUAAGGCCAUGGACUACAGGAUCCUGCACAUGGAUGAGGACCAGGACAGGAUGUACGUGGGCUGCAAGGACCAUGUUCUCUCCAUGGACCUCAACAACAUCACCCAUGGCACACUUAAGUUGUUUUGGCCUGCAUCUACAAGCAAAAUACAAGAAUGUCAAAUGGCAGGAAAGGACUCUACACACGGCUGUGGGAAUUUUGUCCGUGUGGUGCAGCCUUACAACAGAACUCAUCUGUUUAUGUGUGGCAGUGGAGCCUACAGCCCCGUCUGUGUGUACAUCAACAGAGGCCGAAGACCAGAGGAGCAAGUGUUUCACGUCGACUCGGAGAUGGAAUCAGGAAAAGGGAGGUGCUCCUUCAAUCCUCAAGUCAACACAGUCUCUGUCAUGAUCAAUCAGGAGCUGUUCUCAGGCAUGUACAUCGACUUUAUGGGGACAGAUGCUGCCAUCUUCAGGAGCCUGACCAAGAGAAAUGCAGUGCGAACAGAUCAGCACAACUCCAAGUGGCUCAGUGAACCAGUUUUCAUUGAUGCCCAGCUCAUUCCAGACGGGACUGACCCAAACGAUGCCAAGUUGUAUUUUUUCUUCCGCGAGAGGUUGACUGAUAACGACGGGAACACUAAAAACAUCCACACCAUGGUGGCCAGAGUGUGUCCUAAUGACACCGGAGGGCAGCGCAGCCUCGUCAACAAGUGGACCACCUUCCUGAAAGCCAGGAUGGUGUGUUCGGUUCUGGAGGACGACGGCACCGAAACACACUUUGAUGAACUGGAGAGCGUGUUUUUGCUGGAGACGGAUCAGCCCAAAGGCUUGCUGGUGUUUGGAGUCUUUACAUCCACAAGCUCCGUCUUCAAAGGGUCAGCAGUGUGUGCGUACAACAUGGCGGACAUCCUGACCGUGUUCAACGGGCCGUUCGCUCACAGAGACGGACCCAACUUCCAGUGGGUGGCCUUCCAGGGCCGUAUCCCCUACCCGAGGCCCGGCACAUGUCCCGGCGGAGCCUUCACUCCCGACAUUCACACCACGAAGGAAUUCCCAGAUGACGUGGUGAACUUUGUCCGCAACCAUCCGGUCAUGUUCAACGCCAUCUACCCGGUGGGACGGAGACCCCUGGUGGUCCGCACCGGCGCCAGCUACAGGUACACGGCGGUGGCGGUGGACCAGGUCAUGGCUGCAGACGGGAACUACCAGGUGCUGUUCCUGGGAACAGACAAAGGGACGAUCCAGAAGGUGAUUGUUCUGCCUAGCAACCGGUCCCUGCAUGGCGACCUGGUCCUGGAGGAGCUGGAAGUGUUUAAGAAUCAAGCUCCUGUCACAAAUUUGAGAAUCUCCUCUAAAAAACAACAGCUGUACGUCAGCUCUGAGUUCGGGGUCUCCCAGGUCUCCCUGCACCGUUGCCACGCCUACGGCUCGGCCUGCGCAGACUGCUGCCUCGCCAGGGACCCCUACUGCGCCUGGGACGGGCUGAGCUGCUCGCGCUUCUACCCCACUGGGAAAAGGAGAAGCAGGAGGCAGGAUAUAAUGCACGGAAACCCACUCACUCAGUGUAGAGGAUUCAACUUAAAAGCUUACAGGAACGCCGCAGAGAUGGUGCAGUACGGCGUGAAAAACAACACCACCUUCCUGGAGUGCGUUCCAAAGUCUCCUCAGGCGUCCAUUCGCUGGAUCAUUCAGAGGGACAACGACAGGAGGAAAGAGGUGAAGCUGAACGAUCGGAUCCUCUCCACUGAGCACGGCCUCCUGAUCCGCUCCGUCCAGCAGUCCGACCGCGGCCUCUACUACUGCCUGACCACCGAGAACGGCUUCAAGCGCACCGUGGCCAAGAUCCGCCUGCAUGUGCUGAGCGACGCCAUGGUGAGCGUUCUGGCGAACAAGCAGCAGGCGCCCUGGGCCUGGGCCGCACACCCCAAAGCCCUGCUGGCCGCCUUCAGCCCCGCCGAGAACCUGGCCGUUCAGCAGUACUGCAAAGAGAGGCAGGACUUCCAGAAGCUUCAGCAGAGGCAGCAGCAGAGGCAGCCGCCCGGGCCCCUCAGGGGGGACCUGGCCAAACUGAGGCCCCUAUUGGACCGGAGGAAGAGCCGCAACAGACGCAAUCACCUCCCUGAGGUGUGACGCAUGACAGCAGCAGCAGAAACUGCCACACACGCCUCCCUCCGCUCCUCUGCCCUUCAAAGCGGCUCCAGACCCGCUGCGGACGUUAAAACACAACCAGAAGGUUGGU